GUGAAUACGUACCCUAUGGAGCGUGGAUUCACAGCCAUUGGAACCGGUGGUGAUGACUUCGUCAGAGCAAUGGUUUUGGCUGUGGAAACUGUUCUUCAAAUUUCUGUCUCUACGGAGGAGAUUAGCAGCAAGCUCUCAUCCCAAGGCAAGUACAUAUCAGUGAAAAUCGGGCCCGUUGCAGUGCAAUCGAGUGAACAGGUGCGCGCUGUGUACAAUGCAAUGCGGUGUGAUAGCCGCAUGAAGUAUUUCUUGUAAAGUUUAUUUGACACGGCUCGUGUGAAUGAAAUGGUCCAAUUUAUAAUGUGGGAGCUCUUCUAUUCUUGGGAAGGACAAAAGCUACCGGAAUGGAAUGGCGACUGCGAAACACGUAAGCGUGUGGUGUCACCGCAAUUAUCGAGCUGUAACACUAUUUAUAUACAGCUCACAAGCAGCACGAUGAGGAGGAAGAGAAGGAAGAAAAAGUAAAAAGGGAGGCAUGGCUCCUUACGGUCCCGAGAGCAACAACAAUGGAACUUUGCAAAUUGGCUACAGUGUGGAUGAUGAACGGGGGAGCAACGCUGCGUCUUUGGAUCCAAAGUUACCUCUGCUACAGGAAGCUGAUUUGCGGGACAAGGUGGUUCUCCUCCGUGUCGAUCACAAUGUUGUGAAGAAAGGAAAGAUUUUGGAUCAGUACCGCAUCGAUGUUACGCUUCCUACCAUGUUCAACAUAGUGCAAAGGGGUGGCCGGUUAAUUGUCAUGACACACAUCGGGCGUCCAUUCGACAAGAAGAACAAGAGCAUCACAAUCAGCUCGGAUGAUUCCGUGGAUGCUGUGGUGGCUUACCUUCAGAGGAAGCUCCGAAUCAAGUUCGUUGUCCCGGAGUUCCACCACAGUGACAAGGAUGGCAUUCUGGACAUUGACACCUCCAUUAAUUGGCUCAUCCACGACCUCCGCUCGAGGAAAAUCGGAGGAGUUUAUCUUCCCAACACACGCUGGUUUGCGGGAGAGGAAGACAAGGGAGAGAAAAUGGAGAGGUUCGUUGUUCAACUAGCUGGACUUGCGGAUGUGUAUGUGAAUGAUGCUUUUGGGUCAUGGCAAUCUCAUGCGUCAACGUAUCACAUUGCCAAGUACCUUCCAUCUUUUGCGGGACUGUGCAUGCAGGAUGAACUGAGCAACGUGAAGGCUGUUCUCGAACCAAAGCGACCAUUUGUAGCGAUCGUUGCUGGUGCCAAGUACGACACCAAGAUAGGCCCGCUCACCGAAAUCUACAAGAAGGUUGACAAGCUGAUUUUGGGGGGAGUGAUUUACAACACGUAUCUAUGUGCCAAGUAUGACAUCUCGAUUGCCGGAGUUCAGGAGUCUGAUAUUGAUCUGGCCAGGGGCCUUGUGGAGCUUGACAAGAAACAAAAGAAAGUGUUGGACUUGCCUCUCCUGGUCGAGUCAGACACGCUUGAUGGCCGGUACAAGAACAAGUUCCGCACUAUAUCCAUCGAGGAGUUUCAAGCAGGAAAGGAAUAUAAGUACAUAGUGGACGUCGAUCCGGCGUCAUUCGAGUCGGGUGAGGUGAGGGAGUCACUGUCGUCCGCCAAAGCCAUAUUCGUGAAUGCGGUGAUGGGCCUGAUGCCCCACUUUUGGCACGGCACCAGCAAGAUGGAUGAAGUCAUCGACCGUAACACUGGAGCUCAGAAGCUGUUUGGAGGAGGUGACACGCUCCAGGUGUUUAAGAGCUUGCAUCCUGGCUUGUAUCACGAGGCACUGGACAGUCCCAAGUAUUAUCUCUUCACAGGUGGAGGCACCGUGCUCAAAGUGAUCGAAGAAGGAAAUCCUUUUGGUCUCGAUACAGUGAAAGCGCUCAUCAACGGCCAUAAAGAUAAACUCUAAAAUCUUCUCGAACUGGGUUGACCAGAAUAUUCUACGAUCCUCCAAAAAAUCGAGGAAUAUUUUACCUUUA